GUUUCAUUCGCUCCAAGUUGUGUUGAAGCGCAGUCAGUCCACAAAACCAGGAAAAGAGUGACAGCUCUCGAAUUCGAUUCGGUCUGGCUGGGGAGAAUCGCGGAACGGGAUCUUCUAUUAAAUAGAAGAAAGAUGUGCGACGUCGUCUGUGUCGGUGGCGUCUGAGAUUCUGUGGAAAAAUUUGUGUGUUUUUUUGGGACCUUGGUGCAAGCAAGAAAGUACCAUUGAUUGAUACGGUGAAAGUGCGUUCUAUACCCCGGAUGGUGCUAAAUAUCCACUCUCGGGUUCCGGUUCUGGUUUCGGAGUUAAAUAGUGCGAUAAGAGAGUGAAUGGGAUGAAAACAAAAAAAUAAUCCAAGUGUUAGUGAUUGAAACAAAAACAAUUUCCUACCCGCCAUGCAUUGAAACUGUGAUAACCAGCGUACGCAAAUUGGCCUUGUCGCAUGUGUCGGGGCGCUUCUUGGUGAUUAGUGCGAGCCCGUGCUUGGGCAAAAGUCUUGUUAUGUAGGCUGCCAGUGGAACUGCCAUACGCCAGUGCAAUCUAACAGGAAAUUUUGAUGAUCCACAAAGUGAAGUGACCGACCGACGAGCAGAAGAUUGCCGCCUCGGGUGUGUGAGUUUUUUUGCAUCCCGGGAUUCGGAUUCCGACCAUGUCGGAGCAUGAGAACAAAUAUCAGGUGUAUAUCUAUCUGAAGGAAUGCUUCAUCGACGUCCCGGCUCGGGAGGGCGAUACCUGCGAGGAUCUGUGCACCAGUCUCUGCCAGCGGUACGGCAUUGGUCCGUUGGUGCAGCUGCUGUUGGGCCUUCGAAUACACGACGAACCAUGGUUCCUGGCACCGAGUGCCCGGCCACAAGCCGGCAAAAAGUACGACUUUCGCGUACGGUUCAAGAUUCCCAAGCUUUCCAAUCUGAAGACGCUGGAUCGGGCCCUGUUCAACUACUACUACUACCAGCUGCGGCACGAUCUCUUGCAGAGCAAGAUCGGCGAAAUCGAGAACGACGAGUACAAGAACAAAAUCCUGGGCUACGUCGUCAACGACAUGUACCGCAAGAUGGUCGAGGAUGGCGUCAGCGUAACCGAGCUGCAGCGCACCUACAAGGAGUACAUCCCGCGGAAGAUCAGCAAGGAGCACUCGUUUCUGUUCUUCAACCCGGCCCGGAACAAGGUGCUGGACUCGUUGAAGCAGAUCUGCCGCAAAGACCACGACGUGGACUAUGUAAAAAGUGUGUAUAUAAACGAUAUCGAUAACAUUGCGCCCUGCUAUCUGUACGAGGAAUACGACUGCAGCAUACCGUAUCCGCGGGACGAUGGCAUAACAAAGCCGGGAAAGUGUAAGGUCAAGGUGAAAUUCGUACCCUACGCACGCAGCCGGACCGUGGGCAAAAACGCGCAAAAGGACGACAGCGAAUCGCUGCCAGGACUGAAGGUGCUAUAUUCGCAAGAGUGGAGGCACGUAGCGAAUAUCGAUGAAAUUUUUACUAUACUAGUACGCAACCAACUAACGGUGGACAUUUCACUGAAGGAUCAGCAGAAUCUGUACUCGAUAGACUUUAGCAGUCAGACUGAAUUAGAAUCGUUCGUAACGUGUUUAGCUGGUUAUUAUAGGUUAAUGUGUAAGUGGACUGUGUAUCUUUGUAAACCCCAUCUGUCCUCACCAACAUUGAAUAGGCUAACGGAACUUAAAUGCCAUGGUCCUAUCGGAGGAAAGUACUCCUACCGGAAAAUAACGGAGAAGAAUAGCAGUGUCGGGGCUAAUAUUGUUCGUCAAUGCGAAAACCACUACGACACGUACUACGUGGACAUUUUAGAGCGCGAGAACCAAAUGAAAACUUAUAAGCUCACCUACCUGGAGAAUCGUUGGCAUGUGCAUCGUGCACCGGGCGAAGUAACAGCGUACGACGAACUGCUCGACGCCCUGCGCAAUUUGAAUCCCAAGAUCAAGAAUCUGUACCGGUUGUCGCCGACGGAGCACGACAAGGCGCCGAAUCUCCUGCUGUGCCAGCCAGAGAACGACAUGACGUCCAAGAAGCUGCUCCGGGAUGCCGGGGAAAUGCAACAGGUCCGUCCGCAAAUUGUGAACGCAGCCAAGGAACUGGCCAUCAAGAGAAAUGCUUUGAAGAAUGAAGGUGAUGGGUUCUUUGAAAGGACAAGAGCUGAGCUCUUUCUGCCGAAUAAUACCAAAAUGGAAGUCACUCUGAAGCUGCUCAAGAACGAAAAGAAAGACGAAUUUUUGAGUGAUUUUCUUCAAUUGGCGGAUUUGUGGGCGAGUAUAGACUGCAGAAACAUCAUAAAGCUGUACGGCGUUGCACUGUUCAAACCUGUUGCAAUGGUGCUUGAAAGUUCCCGGGAUGGUCCCCUAGAUGAGUUUCUGCGCCAGCAUAGGAAAGUUCCCUUUUCGUCACUGAUCGAUGUGGCCCAUUCAUUGGCCUGUGCUCUCUACUAUCUACAAGAGAAGGGACUCGUGCAUGGACGGAUACGAUGUUCAUCGAUGCUGGUAACGUCAUACGAGCGAAGCGAGAACCGCUUGAUAGCCAAACUGGGCGAUCCGGGAUUGCGCCAGCGGCAUCAAUAUACGGAUAGGGAUUUGUUGUGGAUACCGAUCGAGUACCACGACCUGGGACAAAAUGAGGUGCAAUUGUUGAAACGGGACCUGAAGGCGGAUAUUUGGGCCUGUUCGACGACUUUGUGGGAGAUUUUUAGCCGUGGGAAAGGUUCAUCACCUAGGAAUGUCAAGGAGUUUAUCGCUUCCGGGCGGAGAUUGGAAGCACCAGCGGAAUGCAAACACAUAAAGGAGAUCUAUCAGUGCAUGUUUUACGGCUGGGUGGUUGACCCGGAUAAAAGAUUCGCCCCUCAGAUGAUUAUUUCGAAGUUGGUGCAAGCAAAACAAAGGAAGGAAUAUUGCGAGAUACCCCAAACUGGUAUAUUGAAUGGAACAACCAAUUCAGCGAAUGGAUCCUACUCGCACCAGAGUAUUAACUCCAUCGAUACUGAUUCCACUUUCCUAAACUCGCGAACGGACGUUUCCCACUCGUCGUACGUGAGUAAUGGCAGCGAUGGCGACGCUGGUAGUAAUGCUUCGAGUGAGUGCAGCUCGCAGCCACUCAUAUCGAACGGUGGUUCUAGUCAUUACAGCACCGGCUCCAACAGUGGAUGGGGACAGGCACAGGCCGAAAACUUCCUGUAUGACUGUCCGGACUUUAUCGAGCUGUCCAACGGGUCGAAGGUGAUAUUCCAGGGGGAACUGGGUCAAGGUCACUACGGCAAGGUUUACUGCGGGUGCAUCGACGACGGAGUGAACCAGAUACAGGUUGCUCUGAAGACUAUCUACCCAAUCAGUCCGCUGGAUGCGGAGAUAGCAAAGACUGACUUCAAGCGGGAGGUUUCCAUCAUGAAAAAGCUCAACCAUCGGAAUAUCGUCAAGCUGAUCGACUUCAUCGACGAGAUUGACAAACUGGUUGUGAUCAUGGAGUUCAUGGAGAAAGGCUCACUGCUGGAUUUUGUGAGCUACAACUGUCACAAUCUAACUAAACUGAAUUUGCUGCGAUUUUCUAGGGAUAUUGCUAAUGGAAUGAACCACCUGUUCGAGAAGAAAAUCAUCCAUCGGGACUUGGCGGCGCGGAACAUCCUGGUGCAGAGUAUGGACUGUGUGAAAAUCUCCGAUUUCGGUUUGGCCCAGGUCACCGAUGGCGGUAACUACUACAUAGCGCAAAAUAGCCGCGAUUUGCCGAUCAAGUGGUACUCGCCGGAGACGCUGAAGACCAUGAAGUACUCCUUCAAGUCGGACGUGUGGUCGUUUGGGGUGACACUGUUCGAGAUGUUCACGUACGGCGAGACGCCGUUCCCGGAGCUGGAAAUUCGCGACGCGGAACAGCUGUUCGACUUACUGACGGUUCAAAGAAUCAGACUGCAACUCACCGACCGAGAUCGGGACGUCCAGGAGCAGCUGAUGGAUCCUUGUUUCAUCCUGGACUCUCAUCAGCGCCCAUCGUUUGUGCAAUUAUUCGAGAAUAUCGAACAACUUAUCGACCAAUAUGGCGAAUCAAUUCAACUUUUCUAAUCGAAUUAAAAAAAAAACACACACUAGAAGUAAAGUCAAAUGUGAAAUCGCACGGAAGUUACUUACAGAGGAAUCUGAUUCAUACAAAACGCAUUUGAAGGAAUACCGUUUUUAGUAUCCCAGAAAACAAAACUGUGAAAGUUAAAAGGUUUCGUGUAGAGGAAGAUUUUUUUUCCUGUAGUAAAAAGUUUACCGGAAUUAGAGCACUCUUAGGUUAGGCAAAAAUAUUUUAAUAUGUAGUAAAGUCAGAUAAGAAAGUUUUGGCUCCUAACUUUUCCUUAUACGUACUAGAAUCAGAUUUUAUGCUACAGAUGAAUGUUAUAUUUUGCUGCAAAAUGUUUUUUUAAAAUAUGUCCGUGUUUAAAAAGAAACGUUUCAUUUUUGUACUUCAUAUAAACUUUCCUCCUAAGCGCGAAAUCUCACCUGAUUGUUAAAAUUAUUGUUGCCAAUCUGUCUACUACUGUAAAUAAACUCAUUUGUAGCUCAAAUCUUUGUCGUUUGGAAACAAAUUGACUUGUCAACCUGUACGAAACUAAAGAACUGUGCCCGUCUAAAAUGUGGAUACGUGUCUUACUUGUUAUAUUAAAUUUCUAAUGCUAAAUGGGACUGGACCUUUUACCAAGCUUCGACGCGUGAUGAGCACAUCUGGCGUCGAAGUCAAACUCUAGCAAAAUUACGCGCUACAACGCAUGCGAGUGAACCAGUCGACAACUCGAACCUACAUAUAUUCUCAAAGUGCCACCUAGAUGAGGUCGCUUCGGUUUCUAUCUUACAAAACCUCCCCUCAUUUAGACUUGUCGAUGAAUGACUGUGUUCUGAAUUACCUACCUAGAUUAUGUGUUUUGUUUGUAUCGUUUUGUACAUUUCUUUUCUUACAAAUUGUAAAUAUAGUUAUGGUUACAAAUUAGUCAAGCUUUUUUGGUGCAUAAGUUCGUCUCACACUUUGAAACGAUUGUAAUCGAGAAAAAUGGCCUUCGUUAGUUAAAAGCAGUAAACAACAUGUUUUGCUAGAAACAUUAGACCUUUUUUAGCUCACUAAACUAAGUGCAACUGGGACCCCGUUGGUGAUAGUUCAAUACGAAUAGUAAUAUGCCUUCCUAUUUUGCAAAUAUUUGUUUUCGUUGCUUUAGAAACUCGUGAAACGGCACCUGUCAAUCAAUUGAGAGAUAAAAGUUGAUUCAAAUUAAACCAACGAUAUACUAGGCUAAUACUGAAGUCGUGUUUGUAUUAUUUUACGGUCUAACCAACCGAAUCAAGUGAACCUGAGAGGUUAUUAUUGUAUAUUUGGAUCUAUAAACCAUGCGGUAAAAUUGCUGAAAUUAGAUAAGACGAAUAUACUUUUAUUUUUACACAUUCUUGAUACAAUCUGAAUCAAGUCCAUUAUGACAAAACAAGAACAAAAUUGACGAAUUAAAAGUAGUGGAAUAUUUUUUUCCAUUUUCAAUCACUGCUUAGAAUCAUAUUAGUGAUAUUAAGAUAUCUGAUAAGUGUUUUUUUUUCGAUGAAAUGGAAUUAUAUAGGUGUACUACAUCGAUGUGACUCUGAAAUUAUACAUACUUAAAGUGAA